GCACCGAGUCAGUCGUGUCAGUACCUGCUCCGUCGCGUGUGAGAUUCUCUGUUGAUAAAAAAAAAACAAUUAACUCAAAUCGACCGUAAGACCAAACACAAUGGCCGUUACCAAGAAAGACACACCGAUGAUGCCGGCUCUGGGCGAUCCCGUGGCUUUUGCAAAGGAUUUCUUGGCCGGAGGUAUCUCGGCCGCCGUAUCCAAGACCGCCGUCGCCCCCAUCGAACGCGUUAAGUUGUUGCUGCAAGUACAACACAUCUCCAAACAAAUCGCACCCGAAGACCGUUACAAAGGCAUGGUGGACUGUUUCGUCCGGAUCCCCAAGGAACAGGGAAUGACGGCUUACUGGAGAGGAAACAUGGCCAACGUGAUCAGGUACUUCCCGACUCAAGCUCUGAACUUCGCGUUCAAGGACAAGUACAAGCAAGUGUUCUUGGGCGGAGUGGACAAGAACACCCAGUUCUGGCGUUACUUCGCCGGCAACUUGGCGUCCGGCGGUGCCGCCGGAGCCACUUCCUUGUGCUUCGUCUACCCGCUGGACUUCGCCAGGACCAGGUUGGCCGCCGACGUGGGCAAAGCCGGAACCGCCCGGGAGUUCAACGGAUUGGGCGACUGUUUGUCCAAAGUGUUCAAAGCCGACGGUAUCAGUGGCCUGUACAAAGGAUUCGGUGUAUCCGUCCAGGGUAUCAUCAUCUACCGCGCUUCUUACUUCGGUUGCUUCGACACGGCCAAGGGCAUGUUGCCCGACCCGAAAAACGCCGGAUUCCUUUUGUCUUGGGCUAUCGCUCAGGCUGUAACUACAGUGGCCGGUAUCGUGUCGUACCCCUUCGACACCGUGAGAAGGCGCAUGAUGAUGCAGAGCGGUCGUGCCAAAUCCGAAGUCAUCUACAAGAGCACCCUGCAUUGUUGGUCGGUAAUCGCCAAGUCCGAAGGAACCGGAGCUUUCUUCAAGGGAGCUUUCUCGAAUGUGCUCAGAGGUACCGGCGGUGCCUUGGUGUUGGUGUUGUACGACGAAAUCAAAGACCUCAUCGUCUAAGACCAAACACAGUAUUCCAUGCACAUAGUGACCAACAUCGUUAGGUUAGUAAGGAAAAACUAAAUAAAUAUAUUAUCAACAGCCCACCCUUUUUACCAAGGCUGAGUAAACUGAGCCUGCGAAAAAAAAUUGUAUUAUAUAAUUUAUAUAUAUAUAUUUAUAAAAAAAAAAUAAUUUAUUAUUUAUGUUGUUGUGUAAAUAAAACAAUCAGUUGUUACCCAA